UGCUCCCGGCGGGUGCAGCUCUCCGAGACCCCCGCAGCCACCUCCCCUCGCGCCCCAGCCCCUGCCCCAACCGUGGCUCCCCCAGGGCAGGCGGCUGUGCCGGGACGGGCGGCACGUGCCCGGCCGGGAGGAAGGCCAAGAACUCGCUGAAACUAUGCCACGCACGGACGGCGGCUGCAGCCCAGGCCAUGGCGGGGGCCGGGAAGGCUUUGGCGCUCCACGUCCUGCUCUGCUUCCUCUGCAGAGGUGUUGCCCAAAUCAAGUGCCUGGGCAGCGUGUGGAUCGAGCCCGCCCUGGAGGUGCUGAUGGGCUCCAACAUCUCCAUCAACUGCCGCUCCACCGUCGGCUGCUCGAGGGCCAACCUCUCCAUCCAGCUCAACAGCACGGCCCGUAACGAGACCCUGCGCGCCCUCAACAGCAGCGCGGCCCAGCUGCGGCUGCACGACUUCAGGCUGCCCUACAGCACCGUCCUCUGCUUCGACCACUGCCGCAGCCGGGAACGGAAAGCUCUGGUCUGCGGGACGGAGGUCUGGGCCGGCUGUGAGUACGGCCGCGGGGCCGGGGCGCUCGUCGGGAAGCGGGGAGCGACGGGGACGGCGGCGGCGGGGAUGUGGGGAGGGGGGCGUCUGUGCGCUCCUCCUGACGCUGCCUCCCCAGACCCCCCGGAGACCCCCGGCAACCUGACCUGCACCAUCGGGGAGCGCUCGGGGAGCCUGGCGUGCACGUGGGACGCGGGGCGGCCGACCCACCUGCGCACCGACUACCGCCUCCACCUGAACAGCACGCAGACGGCAGAGGAGGAAGUGUUCCCCGCGGGCUCGCCGGUGCCCCUGAGCGCGCUGCGCGGCGGCAGCCGCUACUCGGCGUGGGUGCAGGCCAGGAACGCGCUGGGCGCUGCCCGCUCAGCCCCGCGGCACCUCGACCUGCGGGAGCUCGUGGUGCCCGCCCUGCCCUUGGCCGAGGGCGCGGAGACGACGCUGGCCUCGCCUCCCAUCACCACCGUCCGCUGGAGGCAGCAGACGCAGCUGGAGAACGUGCACUGCGAGGAGCGGCACAAGGCGGAGGACGCCCCAAUGUGGCAUGUGGAGGCGUGGGGCAGCGCGGCGCGGGCCGGGCACCCCCUGCAGAGUGACACCCGCUACGUGUUCCAGGCCCGGUGCCGGCUCAGCCCCGCCGACAGCCCCUGGAGCGCCUGGAGCCCCCCCUUCGUGUACAACACCCCCGAGGCCGCCCCCGCGGCAGCACCCGACGUCUGGCGGCGCCUGGGCCCGGCGUUCCCGAACGGCAGCCACGAGGUGACAGUCUUGAUCAAGCCGCUGCCGCCCCGCGCUGCCCGCGGCAGGAUCCUGGGCUACGCCGUGGCGGCGGGAUCAGCGCAGCUCCUCUGCAACACCUCCAGCACCUCCUGCAGCGUCCUGGUGCCCCCCCGGGGUGCGCGUCCUCCACGUCACCGCUCACAACUCCCGGGGGGGCGUCCAGCCCGGCCAACACCUGCUCCUGCCCAGGCACGGAGGCCUCCCAGCCCCGACCCCUCUCUCCUUGCAGCCUUCCCGGCCCCGGCGGUGGUGGAGGUGCGGCGCCAGAACCGGAGCAGCGUCUCCGUGGCCUGGCAGCCCCCACGCAGCAGCAGGAGCCCCCCGCUCUGGUUCAUCGUGGAGUGGGUUUCUACAGCUCCAUACAGCCAUGAGGAACGCUUCUUCUGGAAGAAAGUCCCAUACCAGGACAAGCUCAUGUACAUCCAAGAAGACACAGCAGUGGCAAGCCACAUCAACGUGUCGGUUUAUGCAGUCUACCCAGACGGAGUGAGCAAACCAGCCUCUGGCCAAGUCUCCUUGGAGGAACAGAUCCCGGACUUCAGCAACAACGAGAUUCCCCACGAUGAUGACACUGGAGUUUUCCUGGGAAUGGGUGUCAGUGUGAUCGUAUCGUCAGUUGUUCUUGCAAUUCUGAUGUUUAAAAAAUCAGCUAGAAAAAGAAUUAAAGCAACAGUUGCAUCACUCUUACCAAAAUGGCUACUUGAAGAUUUUCCCCACAUGGAAAACAGCAAAGUGAUAAAGUCACUCCAGGAGAAGAGUGAAUUCACAAGCAACAGCUCCUAUGAGCCGUUCCUGGUUGACAGCGAUCCCACAAUCAUGGAAAUAGAGGAGGUGUCAGUGCACGAGAAAUACAAGAAUGUGGACAUCAAAAAGAAACCCAGCACCGCGGUCCCCGAGAACGUGGAGCACCCACAGAGCUCAGCACCAGCUGUCAGCACCGCCCCUGAGCACGUCAGUGACUACAAGCCUCAGAUUUCCGACGGGAGCCCUCUGGGAUAUGUAGCUGCCAAUAUUUACCAAGCACCGUCCCAAGCACCGGCUCCAGAACCGGAGACAACCUUUUUCUUCAGAGACUACACCAGUCCCGUUAGCUACCUGUGGAACGCCGAAGGAGCGGAGCACAACGUCUGUCUGCUGGAAAAGAUCAACCUAAUUUUAAACAACAACAGAAGUGGGCAAAACUAUGCAUUCAGCUCAGCGCAGGAGGAACAAAGUACCCUUUUGGAGCGUCAGUGGGAAAAAACACUGUCGAGUGAAAACGUUCAAGAGCAGACACUGGUCCCAGAUGAGCUGGUCUCUUGCUUAAGAGCAAUGAAUGAAGAACCUGUGGAUAUACAGACCUGUCUGCUGGAACGCAUCGGAAGAUUAUUUUGAGCAGAGUUAUAACUGGGAUUAAAAGAAAACAACAUAAAAUUAUGAGCGGAUGAUCAUGGCACGUACCUGCCUUUGGGAUUACAAACAUCAGAACUGGAACAAAGCUCCAAAUCCAAAACUCACUCCCUUACUGGACUGUAAGUAGUUUUGGAAGCAUGGAACACCUUGGCCAGUAAAUCAUCAUUUUACACUUACCUCACAUUUUUACAAGCAUAACAAUGCAAGCAGGGGUUCCUGUAAGAACUCAACUACAAAGCAGGUGAUUUUUACAGGGUACAGUGUGCUUCAAUUAUUAUUCUAAGUCACUCUCCUGUUAAGUACUUGGAACAUUCAAUACCUGGAGCUGAUAUCUUUUAAGAUGGAUAAAGCGAUCCCUUAGACAUUCUGACUGAAUUGUGUAAAAUGCCGUGGGAUCACUCUCAAUGAGGAGACACUACACUGAGGAGGAUUUAUCUAUCCUGCAGCAGCCAUGGCUACCAUAUGAAAUCUUUUCUGUUUGACAGGAUAACUCAGUUUCAUUUUCCCUUCCAUUCAAUGAUAAAAAAUGCAUCAGAUAAGAACAAGCCUUCAUCAGCUUGGCCUACCAGCC